GCAAUAACUUAACCCAACAAGAAAUGGCAGAUUAUCUUUUAAAAGAAAAAGGUUUAUCGGUUAGUCAACAAGCAGUUUCCCGAAUGCUAAAAAAGCACAAUAUUACUCAUAAAAAAAUCACCUACCAUUAUGCCAAACAACUAAAACACAAAGAGAAAAUUAGACUGUUUUUGAAAGAAACCACACCUUUGCUUUUUAUUUAUCCUUUUUUAGCCCUUGAUGAAUGCUCUUUUCAUCUAAACAAAGUGCCUCGGUGUAAUUAUGCUAUGAAAGGUUUUAGGUCUAAUUCUCGCAAACCAAGUCAACAAGGAGAAAACCACACCUUAAUUUUAUGUAUUCAGAAUAUAGAAAAUAAAGGAGUAAUUCAUUAUGAGUUAAUCCAAGGAGGAAUGAAAACCAAAAAUUUUCAUGAGUUUCUUACUAAUCUUAAACUCAUUGAUAACCAAAAACAUUAUUUACUUCUUGAUAAUCUUCCCGUUCACAGAUCUAGUCAGUCAUGUUUGAAUUUAGGCUUAACUCCUAUUAAAGAGUUAUUAAAGCAAAAGAAUAUUCAACCUAUUCACUUGCCACCUUAUUCUCCCAAACUAAAUCCAACUGAGUUAUGCUUUAACUUUAUUAGAAAAAGUGUUGAAAAGCAAAAACCAAAAACAACCAAAGAACUAAAAUUGGCUAUUGAUAAAGCAAUUGAUCUGCUCCAAGAGAAAGACUUAUCAGAAUAUUUUAGACAUUGCUUGAUUAUUUUAGUGAAGAGAAUAACCAA